GUCGGCGAUUCAGACAGUUCUUGUCCCUAGUUUCGAUCUUCAAUCUAUGCACCGUGCUAGUUGGGCUUUUACGGAGAUUUGGCCUUCUUGACGUAGCUCCACCAUAGAGGGUCUUUUCCAAUAUCUGAAGUAUCCAUUCCCCAUUCUGAAGCUUGGAGGCUACGAUUGCGAAUAGUGUAAACCGUGCACCUUCCUGUCUACACACACCCGUUGUAAACUUCUGUUCAGUUCGUCGCUUACAGAAGAGCCGCCAUGGAUGUGGCAGCAAACGGAUCGCCAGAUCCGGCCCUGUCUCCACCGAAGCUGGGCCCGCGAGAGCCUGACAGCAUUCCGCACUCUAUGGCUCGUAGCGGGAGCACCUCUAGCGCGGAUAACACGGAUUCGCGUCAGCAACGACAGCCGCAGCUGCUCCGGUUGCAGCCUACGGGUCACGAUAAGAAGUGGCAGGAGUGGCGUGAGUGGCUGAUGACUCCUUGCCUCGCUGGGCUGAAGACUUGGCAGCUGCUGCUUCUGGCCGUGCUACCCUUCCUGCCAGCGAUCACCAUCGCCCUCGCGGCAUCGCUGCCGAUCCUCUUCAUCGGGGUGGCAGCAGUGGCCCUCACGGGGUUCGCCAUGACCCCCAUGCUGGUGCUCGCCGCGGUUCUCUUCCUCGCCUUCUUCCCCGCCCAGCGCCGCUGGCUGCUGCAACUCGUGCAGCGGGUGGCCGCCUCGCUGCAUCUGCUACGGCCGCUUCCUCACGGGCAGCAGCAGCAGCUGCAGCCGUCGCAGCCGGUGAAGCACGCGGAGAAGCCCCGCGGCGAAGGCCGGGAUCUUGCAGCGGAGCAGCAGCCUGUGCGCUCGCCGACUGUGGAUCCUGCCCGCUCGGCCUCAUAUGCAGCUGGUGAGGCUGGAAAACCGGUCGAGAACGGUUCAAGUGGUCGCGUCGUGGUGACAAGCAGCCCUCGCGUUCGAAACGGCCCUGCAGUCGCAUCCACCAGCCCCAGUGUUGCGGUCUCAUCUCACCCAGCUGUUGCUCCAGCCGAGAUGGGCAAAGCAAAGGUGGCUGGUGCCGGUAGUCCCGGGGGAAAAAUGGGUGAGGGGGUGCGAGCGCCUGGCAAAACGGCAUUCGCAGCUGAACGUCACGGUUCGCCUAAGGCAGUUGCUGCCCGUGCAGCACUUAGCCCUAGCAGGGGAAAGUCUGAGGGUGCUGGGAAGGGAUCCGGCGAAGGGGAAUCGCCUGCCAAAUUGAAGGAGGAUAAGCGGGAGGCUGGCAAUGCGAACAAGGCUGUGGCACAAGUGGAGCAUUCUGUGACUGGGAAAGCUGGAGAAGGGGUGCACCAACCUGGAACGGCAGGGAGUGGGAAUGGGAGUGCUACUGGAGGGAAGAAAUCAGGAGCCACGAAGGGCCAAGCGAAGGGCCAAGGGAAGAUCAAAGGAAAGAAUAAGAGGGGUUAGCAGUGUGGUAGCAUGAUCGAGUAUGAGGCAGGCCAUCAGUCUCAGAUCUCUCUCUCGAGAGGGUGAGCCAGGUGACUUGCAUGUUCAUAAGCAAGCUCCUGGAUGCAGGCGGGUAGAUGCAGUGGUCGUAUCUAAGCUUGGGAGUGCAAUAAGAUUUGGUAGGUAAUCUCUGACAGGAAAAACAUUAAGUGACAUUCAUACAGUUUCUAAUGCAC